AUGAUCGACUAUUGCUUGAAACCAAACAAAUGGGGAGUUUUCAAAGAAAGAUUAAAAGAACAAAAUAGAAUAUUUGAUUCUAUAAGAGCUGAACAUUUGGAACUGAUUCAGAAACUUGAAGAAUCAACAGCUCAGUUGGAGGAAUUACAACGAAAAAUACCUUUAAAAAGUAAGUUUUUCUUUCAUUUUUAAAAAAUUUAGGUUUAUUACAAUUUUCAAGUCUUACAAAUAAUCAUUGUUUAUAUUUAGAAGAAGAAAUCGAUCGUUUGGAGUCAAAAAUUGAGGAAUUAAAGCUGGUUCAACGAGAUUUGAAGGAUCGUCGAAGUGUCAAGUUGCAGCUACCAUUGUCUCCAGUUGAAUUAACGCCUUCAAAUCGAUCUUUCAGCAAUACUGAUGAAAUCAGAAGCUCUUCUUUAACAUUAGAAGAUGUAUUCGACUAUUCGAAGUGUUCUAUCAGCUCUAGAUUCUCUGUUUAUGUUUACGAAUUAUCAAACUUGAAUGAUCAUGGAAAAGCUUUGCAAUCUCGAUUUAUGGAGUCACCUUACAGAACUAGUAAUUCAUCGACAGCUUGUUUAUACAUCUAUAUUACAAAUGAAGUGGUAGAAGUUGAAAAUUUGGAUUAUUUUGGGAAAUCAGGCAAAAAUCAUAUUAUAAUAACUUAUGGAGAUGUAAAGCAUGUUCAAGAUAGUAGGCCAGCUGUUUUAGUUGCACAGCAUCUUGGGAAGUAAGUAUUUUGGAUAGAAUUUUAUUUUUUAAAUUUCUUUCGACAUUUAUUUGAAGAAGUUAUACAUUGUUUUUAUUUUAGAGGUCAAGUUGGAGAAUUAGACCAAGAGUUAUUUUUAAAGACGGAUGAUUUAGUUGACUUUAACGACAUUGAAGGCUUGUUACCGGAAAAGAUCACGGUAUGUUUUUUGUAUAAUUUUUUGCGAAUUUUGGUUUUAUUAUAUUGUGUUAUUUAUGAAAACAGGGAUAAAUAACUAACUGUUUUAUUAAUGAAAUUAUCUUGUAAAUUAAUUUUAGUACUUUUUGUCCUAUCAAAUAGGAGAAGACAGUUUGAGUUCUGAUCUUCAAAAUCAACUUAAAAAUCUUGCUGCUUCUGGAAAAGCAUCUAUGGAUGACAUUUUAAUUGAUUUGAUCUGUACAUCGACAGAAAACGGAUUGUGUGGUGAUGCGAGUAGCAGAAGUAAGAUUUAAUGAUGAUUUUUUGAAAUUUUUAAAAAAAAUUUUAUUUUUACGUUUUCUUAUACAUUUUGUAGCAAUAUUAGCUCAACUUUUUUAUGGUUUUUUAAAAUCAAGGUUUAAAGCUGUUAUGUCAUAAUUUUUAGGAUCAAUACAGAAACAAUCUACUUUUACGUUGUUAUUUUACGAUCAACCAUCGUUUUCUACUCGACUUUUUGAAUGUUUAAACUUUGGGUCAGUACCAGUAAUAAUCAAAUCUGGAAGGCGGAAGUACAGGUUACCAUUUGAUGAUUAUAUCGAUUGGAGACUAGUAUUGUUCACAGUUUCUGAAGCUAGGUUACCAGAACUUCACUUUAUAUUGAGAAGUUUUGAACUUGAAGAUAUACUGGAAAUGAAACGAAAAGGAAGAUUUUAUCUGGAGAAUUACUUGGUCAAUUCUAAAGGUAUGUUUUGCUGGAUUUUGGUAUUAUAUACAGUUUGGUGUGACUUAAUUUCGCUACUAUAUCAACUUAUAUAUAUAUAUAUUUUUGUAAGUAUAUUUUUUGUAAAUAACUUUAUAUUUAGUGUUAGCAUCCACUAUACUAACUUACAUACGGCACAAGUUGUUGAUACCAGGCAGAGAAGCUACAACUAUGUCUUUGGAAAAGUUUGAGCCAACAAACACAUAUUCAGCACCAUCGGUACGACCAGUGUAUGAUGAUGAAUUUCUUGGGCCAGUGGAGCCAGAGUACAAUUCUGUGGCUUAUAAUCACAAUUUUACUGCUAUUACUAUGGUAAGGAUUUUGGCGGUCGAUAUUAUCUUUUUUAUGGGUUGAACUUGUGAUAUUAUUAAUAGUAUAGUAAAUAAUAAAAGCAUUCUUUAUGACAUUUAUUUUUGAUGAACUAUAUUUUUAGUAUUCAUCAGCCUUAUGGAAUUACUAUCCAUCUCAAAUACAUUCCGCUCCUGAAUUCAUAACCGUGACUCCCCCAUUGCCAUCAGAAAUUGAGUUCAACGAACAUUUGAAUACUGGAAUGAGACCAAUAGCACCAGGCUCUGGGCUCACAUAUAGUCAAUCGUUAGGUGGAAACAGAAAACGAGAACAAUUUACUGGUCAGUUUUAAAAAAAAAUUGUAUUAGGAUUUGUAAUACAGGGUGUUUCACGAAAUUCCGUUGUCAGAAAUAAUUUAUAUCUUUGCAACUGUGCAUCCUACAACUGUGAUUUUUGGCACAGUUGCAGUCCAGACCUGUGCGUUUUUUGUGCAAAUUUUCGUAUUUUAAAGUUGCACUUUAAGGUCGUUAUGAAUUUUCAAAAAUCAGCAUUUUCACCAAAAUGACAGAUAUUUUUGGUUGGGAAUUGGUUCUCUUGAAAUUUUACAUUUUUUUCAAUUUGUUUGAAAAAUUCGGGGUUCCAAUGAUUGCGAAGAUUUCGCGGAGCCCCGGCGGACGGCUUAAAAUAGCGGCGUAGGUCAAACUUUUUUUAAACUAGUGAUACAGACGUGAAAGAAAAAUCUAAUAUUAUUUAAAUAUUUAUUAAACUAACUGUUAACUAUCUAAUUUCAACACUAUUUCCGUUACUUUCGAUGCAUUUGCAAUGUACUACUGUGACAACUUCCUUCCUUUUUUGAAAACAAUUUAUAUUAACCGUUUACUUAGUUCUGCGCCCCCUCAAAGCAAAUUCUCAAAAAAUAUUUGUAUUUUCAGCCGUGAUUCAAACCUACAACCGAGAUUCCGUCUUAAAUGUCACAUUGGCCGACUUAAACAGGCUACCAUACCUAAACAAGGUCAUCGUGGUAUGGAACAACAUUGACCGAUCUCCAGAAUCCCUAAUAUGGCCAAAACUUCAUUGCCCAAUCGUUUUUGUAAAACCAAAGCAAAAUUCGCUAAACAAUCGAUUCAUGCCUUUGGAUGAGAUCAAAACGGAAGCUGUACUAAUGCUGGACGAUGACAUUGAACUCAAACAGCACGAAAUCAUCUUUGCUUUCAAGAGUGUGUGGAGAGAAAACAGAGAUCGACUGGUUGGAUUCCCAGCACGAUAUCACUGCAGAUACGAUGAUCAACAGUUGUACUACAAUUCGAAUCACACCUGUCAGUACAGUUUGAUACUAACUGGAGCUGCUUUCAUUCAUAAGGUAGGUUUUUGUGGCUGGUAUAGUGGGUUUAUAUUGCUAGUAUAAGAUUGUUCAUAUAAUUAUGUGUCACUUGUCAAGCAGCUUUUCAGAGCUAGGGGAAUUAUUGGAACAAACUAAUAUAAGUAUUUUUGGCGUUUUAUGUGUGGCUAAGACAAUAUAAUUGGUGGUUUGGAUGUGUUUAAACCAGGCUUGGACACAGGGCAGGGCAGGGCAUAGGGCAUGGUUUGAAAUUUUUUUACAGGGCAGGGCAAAGAUUGGAACAGGGCAGGGCAUGCCCUAUGCCCUGCAUUACCCUGCAAAUGCCCUGUUUGUGCCAUGGUAAGUUUUGGCGGACGCCUCCGUCGAGCGGUCGGCGGACGCCAUAACUUGGUUAGUUUAGCAGCUAGAAACAUGUAGUUCAAUUCAGAAGUUAUUAUAUGUCAUACGCUAGAGGUAAAAGCAUAAUUUUAAGAUUUUAAAAGUAGUAUUGUUAUCGACCGGUUGAUAAUUUUUAGUAUAUUUUAAUUGCAAAUUUUAUAUAUAUUCUUAUCGCUCUGGUGUUCUAAAUCGUGUAAAAAUUAAAUUAGAUACAAUUCUAAGCAAAAACUUUUGUUCUUUGUAAAAAUAAAACAUUUAUAAAUUAUCGACCGGUCGAUAACGAUAUUGUUUUCAAAAACAUAAAUUUCUGGCUUAAUGUGUAGGUUAUGACAGAUAACAACUUCUGCACUUAACUACAUUUUUCUAGCUGCUAAACUAACCAAGUUAUGACGACCGCCGAUUAUCGAUCACUCGGCGGAGGUGUCCGCCAAAAUAUACCCAAAUGCUCUGUAAAUACCCUGUAAAUGCCCUGCAGGGCAAGGGCAGGGCAUAAAACCCCAAUGCCCUGGGCAGGGCACAGGGCAGGGCAUGGAAAAAUGUUAACUAUGACUAAUAUCUAAUACAAAGCGUCUAACUUUUAGGAAUACCUUCGGAUGUACGACGAGACAAUGCCAGAACUCAUCAAAGACAAGAUCGACGAAUGGAUGAAUUGCGAAGAUUUGGCCAUGAAUUUCUUGAUCGCCCAUCUAACGAGGAAACCACCGAUAAAAGUAACGAACAAAUGGACGUUGAGAUGCCCGACUUGUGAAGACUCCUUAUUUAAACACGAAAACCACUACAACCGAAGGCAUGAUUGCUUGAGGCUGUUUACCAAGGUUUUUGGAUACAAUCCUCUACUUUUCACUCAAUUCAGGGCAGAUUCGGUUUUGUUCAAAACACGGGUACCUGCCGAACAUUCCAAGUGCUUUAGGUAUGUGUAG